CGUACAUACACAGACACCAAUGUACAUACAUACACAGACACAUGUACAUGCACACAGACACAUGUACACACACAUGUACAGUACAUACACACAGACACAUGUACAAUUGUACGCAUGUACACGUACACACCCCCCCCCCCCCCCCAUAAAAAGUUGCAGUACUUCGUUGUUCACUCACAGAGCCGGGUACUGCACUCUAGGGGGAGGCCGAGAGCACAGCACACACUCCUUGCUUUGCUUUCACUGCGCUCAGAUAUUGAGCAGUCUGAUGGCUCCCGAUCCGGCCUGAGCUCCAAGCCUGCUCAGCAAGAUGGCCCUGGGGGACACACUCACCCCCACCAUAAUUUCCACUCGCCAUUGGCGAGCAGGCGAGUGGAAGUUUCAAGCCCU